UCAGAUUUAGCAAAAUGCUAAUUUUGGUCAAGUUGGGACUUCCAUCCACAGUUCCAACUUGACAAAUGUGAGAAGGUCCAAAUGGAUUGGACGUUUCUGAAAGCCACCGAAGGCGUUUAGCUCUAAAAAAAAAAGAAAAGACACUGAUGUGUUGGUGGGUCUCUUUAAAAAAACAAACCAAAAAAACCUUCAGGUUUCUAAAUUCUCCAUUAUCUUUUUCAUGUAAACCGUCUGGCUCCGUGUCUGUAUUUUCUCCAAGCGUAGUCGAAAUACUCUAAUCUCAAAGGCAGCUUUGAUCGGUGGGACUGGCUCUCUGGCCUUCGUUUCCUCAACCACAGUCUGCAUGUGUACGUUCAGAAAAAUCACAGCGCAUUAUUAAGCACGCCGUGGCUGUUUGCGGGUUUCCCUUUUCCAUCAGACAAGCACGUUUGAUGUGCCGCUCUCUUACCGCCGGUUCACCUUCCCUGUUCUGUGUGUGUGAGAGACACCCACACACACGCAACCACACACACACAGAGGAAUCUGGGUUCCUCCAAGUCAUGUGGACAUGACCUGCCGGCUGCGCUUGAAAUGUUUGGCAGCACAAACAACCGAUCGCCUCUCACACCGGGACGGUGGGAGGAAGAGGAGCGUGUGAAUUAUUGAAUGAUCCGUACGAUGGAGCUCAGCGUGAGAGAGUGCUCAGAUGUCUGAAGGCGCGGUUUGAGAGCGCAGAGAGGCUGAGGAGGAGUGGGAGUGGCACACACACACAACACACACACACACUUGUGCGUCUCAGCGUUGGAUGUUGCCAUUCCGUCAGCGGCUGGAUGCACACGAGCAGCUGGGUGUCAGCUUGAAGACGCUCGACUGAUUUGAAUGCGCUUCUGUGUGUGUGUGUGUGUGUGUGUGUGUGUGUUUUUGUCCUCUGCUUUCUUUUCCGGAUCUGCAUGUUUAAUAAGAGCUCUUGUACGAAUGGUGUCAGUGGGUCUGUAGCUCAAACACUCAACAACCUGGUGUGUUUGGAAAGGUGGAACCGUCAGGAAUGCCUUGCCGACUUCCACUCAAGCUGGUGAACGCGGAUGUAAAGUUACCAAGGAGUCAAGAUGCUGUAGAGGCACUUUAGGAGCGGCCCCAGUAUGGGCAACAACAUCCAGAAGAAGAAGAAGAAGAAGAGCGUGUUGACCGAAGAGGGUUCUCCGUCGGUGACCCCGAGUCCCAAGCGGCAAAAAGCUGCAAGCUUUCGUCUGCCGGGACGUGUGGACAGACAGAGUCCAGCUGGACUGCAAUCUCCAAAUCUGACCAAUAGGAAGCCUCGCUCUGCGGCGACGUGGUCUUGGUGGCUCGUGCAAGGGAAUGCUGGCCCGAAGGGGAACGAGGACCAGAAGCGGCUGACGGUUCACUACACGGCCUCCCAGCACUACCAGGAGAAUGUUUUCAUCGAGGGCAGCAGGCCUCAGUACCUGGAAGACUUACACACUGAAGCUCAGGUGGGGCUCAAGAUACUGCAACAGGAAGAGGACAGGAACGGAGUAAACUUUGCGGACGAUGAAAGCGUCAUCUCUACAGAUACCCUCUGCCCGGAGCAGGAUAUCAGCUCCAAGGACAGAGGCGGCUCUCUGGGGUCGAGACCCAACGCUAACAGUGACACCACAGCAACUUCUGCUGUGUUAAAUCGGCCUGGGAUUACUCACCAAGGCUCCACAUUCAAGCCUUUGAAUCCAGUGAAGAGAUUUGAUAGAAGCAGAAAGAGGAACAGGAGGACCACCAUCAUGGGCAUUCCCAACCAGGUCCAGAAAGAACUUGCUCUGAACAGAAGUUCAACCUUUCAGCCGCUUGUUUCGACUCAGCUCCCUAAUCAUGAAAAUCACAACGGUGACAGCCAGUCAAGCGUUGUUAUCAUUCCUACAGUGGACGGAGGGACUCCGUUAGCAAAAAAAGAGGGAGCAAGGGUACACCUUUCAGAACUGGAGGAGGUCUUUAGGGAUGAGCAGAUGGUGAGGAAGCACCUUCAGGGAGGGUACCACGAUGAGCAGACGCAUCUCUGUCCUACAGUCAGACCCAAGUCCCUUGCAUUUCCUGGCACGACAGCAUCCUUUUCACCCUCUCCAUCAAUGUUGCACUUCCUCCACGAGCCUCAGGGUCCGGUGAUGUCCAUCUCUCCUCAGGCCACUUACUUGUCUACGAUCAUCCCUAAUGCUGUUUUACCGGCUUCAGUUGAAGUAAUUGAGAUUGACCGCAGCAGCAGUCGAACUCGAGGCAGCAGUGUCAAUCAUGGCAACAGUGCUUGCGCUGUCAGCAAAAGCAGCCUGACGUCUGAGGAAUCAGCAGUUAGUCCUCUGUUGUCAAGAAGAUCAGAUGGUGACGGUUCCCAAACAAAUAGCUCUAACUAUGACUCUGCACUAAUGCCCUGGUCAGCCUCAGGUUCAAACUGGAGUGAGUCUCAAUCCUCCAAGACUAUUAUUUCAGACUCCUCGGUUUCAUCUUCUAAUAGAGGGGGGUUUAAUGUACAGGAAAGCCAGACGCAGGAGUCUGGUAACGGCCAAGAUCUCACAAGUUUUUGUAUCCCAGUUAAUGCAGCAAGCACCCUGAACAAAACAGAAGUAAACACAACAGACGCAGAGUCUGGGCAUGAAGCAACACAGUCAUUGACUGCUGGUGAUCAAGCAAAGAACAAACGGAACGGCAUGCAUAGUCUUUCGGUUACCAAGACCAAACAGCCUCCAGCACCUCCACGAAGAACUAACUCUCUGCAUGCCAAAAAGGUAAAAAGUGAGACCAUGAUUGUGGUGGAGCUGGAAGAUCCUAGAAACUCAGGAGAAGUAAAAAGUUCAUCAGAAAAUACAGUAACAGAGGAUGAAGUUAAAUUGGCUGCUACAAAUGCCAUUUUGAGGCCCGAACCUUUGUCAAACUCUACUGGGCCAAGCUCAACAAUCUCUUCCUCCACAUUUCUAACCCCUUUGCAGGACUCCCCUAACCAGGCUGAAGAAGCGACAGAAUCACAACAAGAAUCCGACCCUUCCUCUCCACAGAAAACAGCACCAGAUGUACGGAAAUUUGAGCGGACAAUGUCUCCUUCCAGCGGCUAUUCUAGCCAGAGUGGAACUCCAACACUUUCCCCGAAAGAAAUCUCCCCAAGUUCUCCAGACAAACUGAAAAAGAAGCCCAUCAAACCAGAGAGAUCCGCAUCCCGUGCCUCAUCCUCAGCAGCUUCUCCCUCUUCCUCACUCACCUCCCUGUCAUCAGGUACAUCUGAGCCUGCAAAUGCCGAUGUUGCCACAUGCAGCACAAUUCUGUCUCCGCGGGAUUCCUCACCAACAAAUGAAGUUACUCCGAGUGGCAAGCUCUCAUCUUUAAGAGCAGAUGUACCAGAACUGUUUAACAUCCCUUCCCCUCCUAAAGUCAAAGCCCCUCGCCCACCGCCUCCGGAGACAUGGGCCCACAGCAGACGAACUGUUGAGCUCCUUUGUGGAGCUCCUAAUGUCAUCAAAACUCCACUGCAAGGAAAACAAGUAGAAACUCAACGAGAGACCAGAAAAGACAGUGAAGUUACAGUCGAAAACCAGACAACUCAGGAGAAUCGUGUUUUGGAAAUGUCUGUACAUACAGAAAACACUGUGACAAAAGAUCCUGAAGAUGGCAAAAGUGAAUUAAAGAUUAGAGAAUCUUCAGAUAACGAACAAAUGCAUAAAAAUGAGGAGCACACAGAUUUUAACAGCAGAGUAGAGAGUGAAAUCAGUGUUGUAAAGAAGCCAGAAAGUCAAGAGACAACUCCAAAGAAACAGCCACCUCCUGUCAUGAAGAAACCAACAAAAAUACCAUUCAGAGAUGAGAUAGGGCAUCCAUUAGAGACACAAGAAAGGAAAUUGAGCUCCACUGCUGCAAAAGAAGUUCACUUGUCUGUUGAGGACCAUACAACGCCAUCCCAAAAUUCUGCAACAUUUUCCGUUGAUAAGAACAACAUGGAAAAGAGUGAAGUUCAGCCUAUGCAGACACUUACAGUAGAGGUCCCCAAAAUGAGUAAGCUCUCACCACCACCUACGCCUCCUCCAGCUUACCAGCCCACACCUCCUCCAAUAAGAAAACCUGCUGCUUCUUUAGGGUCUCCAAUGCCAAAUGAGUCUGAGAAGGAACAUGACAUGUCACAUGUUGUAGAUUCCUGUUGGCCACCUCCGCCUCCUCCAUUAGAAGGGGAAUCUGUCUUUGAUGGAGGAGACGAGGUAGAUUUCCCUCCACCUCCUCCACCAUCCAUAAGAGAUGAUGUAACUGACAUGACAGAACUAACCCCAGUCGCUUCAGUUUCACCUGCAGCUGACAACAAAUCCUCUGAUGUUGAACAGAUUUCAAAAGCUGACACUGCUCUUGAGAUUUCUUCCCAAGAUACUUCAUGCGCUUCAGACAUAGUUCCACCCUUGCCUCCUUCACCACCUAUUGCCAGAGUAGAGAUCCCAAUGCCGGUCCGGGAAGUGUCUCCUUCCAGCAACUAUUUUAAGCAAAACUCUCUAAAAAUUGAAGAUCAGUCUCCCUCUACUCUUCCAGUAAGUCCUGAGCUUUCAGCUCCAACCUCUGUGCCAAAAGCACCUCCUCCACCAAUGGAAAAUGUAAACCCUGGAGUUAAUUUCAGAAGGCAACCCAGUGGGACAUACAGAGACGCCAGGAACAAGGAGUUACUUUCUCGCCACAAAAGUGCACCAGUUCCUAAAGAGGACGCAAACAUACCCCUCGUAACCCCGUCGCUGCUGCAGAUGGUUCGCCUUAGAACGGUCAGCAUGACUGAAGAUCAGGUCCAACCUCCAUCUGAAGAGACAGCACAUGAGGCCACUCCAGCUCAGGAGAAAUGUUCCGUCUCAAGCCAAGGACCUCAAGACAUUCCUCCAAAGCCCAUUCGGAAGUCUUUGUCAGUAAAAUCUCCUCCUCAAACAGUAAAAUCGUCCACUGUGACAAUGAGUUCUCCUUCCCUGCGUCUGCAGGAGGCCAUCCGAAUGAAAACUGCAGCCAUGUCUUCCAGGGACUGUCUUCCCCACAGGCUGGGUGUGAAAUCCCCUACUUACAGCUCCAUUGGUGAGCAAGGGGGGCCCUCUCUAAAACCACUUGAGGGAUGCGAUAUUCUUAAAUCCCCAGCAUCUACAGCUAGCUUUAUCUUCUCCAGAAGCACAAAAAAGGUGGUCAUCGAGCCUGUAGCCGCCUCCUCCUCAGAGGCUCAGGCAAGUCUGAAGCAAAGCUUAGCAGCAGAGCUCAGGCAGGUCUCUGACCAAUCAAAGGCUGGUGUUCUCUCAAACGGCAGAGUCAAGACUGACAGAAUUCCUCCGCCGAUAGCCAAGAAGCCAACUCCUGGAAGUACAAGCCCCUUGCUGAGCUCCCACAGCUGUUCAGCAAAGAUGGAGCUCAGGGUUGAGGGAAGCAAAGAUCCUGGAACUGCACAACCUGUGGCACCACCUACAACAACUACAAGAGUGACGGCGGACACGAUUGAAACGUUGUUUUGAACGAGUAAUCUGUGACCAGACUCGCAGGAGGAAGAAAACAAGCAAGUGAAAGGAUGACUCACGACAUUUAUUGACAUUACUAAGAGACAAUAAACUCAGUCUUGUGUUUUAUCCAAAAAGCCUUAGCCUGUAAUGGCCUUCCUAGAUAUUUAUGCAAAAAAGAAAAGAUCGUGUUAAAACCCUCGACUUCUGAAGAAAGCUUUAUUCUAAAGUAUUUUUCUACAUAAUCUAAUCUAAGGACCCCUCAGGGUGGAGUGAUGCACAUACGUCUCAGCUUGGUUUGUGUAAGAUUGCCUCCCAGAGGUUGAACGAGGUAGUGCAUCCUCAGAAGAAACGUUGGAGGAAGGGGUUUAUUGUACAUUUUAACCCCAUGCUCCAGUAAAAAGCAAUGCGUAGUAAUGAUUCUCACUGGGACUGACAGAGUCUCCAAUCAAGGACAGGAUGAAACGUUGUCUCCUUGGUUACGCUUGUACAGAAAUUACUCAACUUAGUUUUAGUCCUGCUUUUCACUGUGUGUAAAAGUAUUAAAGAGAAAAGGGAAGACGAUUAAUCCUAUGGGAUGUUUUGUUGGUUAGGACAAAAUGACUUUUGUAAAGCUACAGAUGAUAAUUUGUUAACAUGCAACAAAAAUCUUUAAAUACAGUAUCCGCCAACAUGUCACUCAAGUGUUUCCUCUACAGCACUGCAGCAUACAGGAAGUACUGCAGGGGGGGAGCACAUGUCAGAUCAUUGAAGAAAUGUUAACAUCAAAGACAACCCAACUAAAUACAAAAUGGACUUUUCAGAAAGGGAAUCUUUAAUAAAGGAGAAGCUAUCCUCGCCAACUUGGCCCUAUGUGAAAAAGUAAUUGCUCCCUAAACCAAAUUGGUAGUUUUGAGUAUUUGUGAUAACUCACAGUGAGUGGAGAAGUCUUGGCCUACUUUUUAUUGCAAAGUGGUUCUAAUCCACCCGUGUUAGAUGCUUUCUGGGUAUGAUUCGCCUGUUUAAAGGGUUAAAGUCGUGCCUCAGCUUCUCAAUUGGAUUCAAAUCUUGGUCUUGCCUCUCCGAAGACUUUCCUUUGGUUCCACAGAGAUUCAGUAGAGGACAAUCCUGUUAGUGUUGGAUCCUUAUCCUCUAUAUACUCUAUUCUCCAUCAAUUAUGGCAAAACAUUUUGAUAUCAGAUAGCAGUGAAAUAGCAGUCCACAGAACAUUUUCCUGGAAGUCUUGGGGAUCAUUAACAGAUUUCAGCAGAUAUAAAAUGGGCCUUUGGAGGUUUUUCGGUCGGCGUUGGGUUUUGGUCUUGAAGCUGUCCCAUCAAUGCAUUCUUAUGCCCUGUCAAUUAUUUUUUUACUUUUGAGCACUGACCUUCUUUGAAGCAAGUGAGGCCUUCAGGGAUUUAGAUGUUCUGAGCUCCAUUUUGACUUCACUUGUCAAAGUAAUGGUUCACUCUGUGGUUCACUGAAAUACCCAAAUUCUUAGAGAGAUCUCUGUAACCCUCUUUCAGACUGAUGUUAGUCAGUUUUUUAAGUCAUUUCUUGCUUUUUAAGAUCUUUUAGCUUUUUUUUUUUUUUUUUUUUUACUUUGGUUGUCUUUGUUGAUGUAUUUAUGAUUAGCUUAGACAUGUAAGCAUGACAAACAAAAAUCUAAAACAAAAGAAUUUGGUACAGGUGCAAAUACUUUUUUUUUUUUUUUUUAGUACUGCAUAAAGCAGCAAAACAACUAGAUUUUUUUUCCCCACUAGCAGCACUGGAAGUCGCCUUUUCCUACCAAAUAUUAAAUAAAAACCACUUUUGAAGUAACAAAUCUGGUGACUUACCUUGGGAAUUUGAUACACUGGAGCUGGUUCGGUAUUUUUAUUAAAAGAUUUUGUUCCUAAAACGUUGACUUAGGAUUUUAGAGUGGAGAAUUAAGCUCAUCACUGUUUGCACAAAAACCCCUUCCCCAGUGGAAUCGUAUAAAGUCGUUUCUUGACUCUUUGUAAAGGGCGUUU